AUUUAGACCAAAUUUAAAACAAGGAUGGACUUUGAUGACUCAGAAGGUUAUGCUGAGAUGCAUGAGUGGAGAUAUGGCUGAGAAAGUGGAUAUGGGCUUGAUGGUUUUAGUAAGUAUGAUGCAAAUUAUGGGUAUGAUGAUAGCUAUGGGGUAUUUAGUGGUGAUGGAAAGGGUGAUGAAUCAGAUGAUGAUAGAUAAGGCAUUACAGCAGUCUUGAGAGGAUUUGAGAAAGAAUAAUAAGAAUAUGAAAAAAGAGAUUAAGAAAUUGAAGAAGAAAAAUAAAUUUCAAGAAGAAGAUAUUAAAAGGUUAGAAGAGAGGAAAUAUUUUAAUGAAGAGAAGAAAAUAGGGAAGAAAGAGAUAAGCGAAAUAAGCUCACUGAAGCAGAAAAUUAACUCCUUAAAUCAGCAAAAUAAUUCCCUAAAACAAAAUAACAAGGCUCUUAACAAAUAAAGUUAAUGCUUUUCAGGAAGAAUCUACCUCCUUCUCUCAAAAGAUAAAUUCUCUCAAGAUUGAGAAUCGGACUCUCGUCGAUAAAAUGGAAGACCUAUACAUCAAGAUUCACUCUCUUUCGCAAGAAAGCGAUAGAGAAAAGCAAAGAAUAAUUUCAUACAAGAACACAAUAAAUCAGCUGAAGAGCAACUCUAAUGCUACCUCUACAGCUACUUUCCAAAAGACCAUACAAAAUCUCAAGAAUACUGUUAAUAGUCAUAAGGAGGCGAUUAAUGAGUUGAACCAGAAGGUUAAGAAUCAAUCCAACACUUUGACUCAGCAGAUUUCUAAGAUAACGGCAUAUAAGGAGGAAAGUAAAAUUAUUAAAUAAAGAGAGGGAGCAAGAAAAGAAAAAGCUUGAGAAAGCUGAUAAAUAUUUAAUAGAUUUAAAGGGACAAAGUUCUAAAAUUGAAUUGUUAAAAUCAUGUUUACGUGAUGAUUUUAAUAAAAUCCAAGAACUUAAAAGAUUGCUUAGUAUUGAAAAAUCAAAGGCAAAGGAAGCUCAAGUUAUAGCCGCUACAAACUAUGAACUACUACAAAACCAAGGCUUAAUACUAGACCUAAGUCAAGACCUAUCAAAAGCUUUAGAAGAAAACCAAGCACUAAAAUCCCUCUUCGACCAAAACGAUUCCCCUAAAAACUCCAGCCUCAAAUCCCUCAUAACCAAGCUCCAACUCAAAAUCUCCGCUCUCGAAAAGCUCAGCACCAACCCUCCUUCCUCGCCCACAUCUCUCUCCCUCCAAUCCCUCCAGACCCAAAUCGCCAAGAUAAAAUCCUACUUAGAAUGCCCUAUCUAUUUCGAUGAAAUCCAGUCUCCCGUAAUCUGCCCAUCAGGCCACACCAUCGACCAAAAAACGUAUAAAGAGUUAUUCAAAAAUAAGAUGAGCGAUCCCUUUUCAGGAGAAAAGUUAAACAAAAAGGUAAUCGUUAACAGAUUCAUGGUCGCAGUCAAGGAGAUCCUACAAUCAGAAAAUGCCCAAAAUCAUGAAGAAGAGAAGGAAGAUACGAAGAAAUCUGAAUAAGAUUACAGUCAACUUGGAACAA